ACAGGAGCCUGUGACCACAGACAGACGGACAGACAGACAAACCGACAAGAAGCUUGUUCGCCAGUCACCUGAGAGACGCACACCGAAGAAAAACAUUUUAAAGAUGCCUGAGAACAGCGAGCUCAUUCACUCCUACAAAGGUGUCCCCUUCCCCACCAGAGUGUCCAUCAACCAGCGCAAUUCCCUGGAUGCCUUCGAGGCCAGAGAGGACGACCUGCUGCUGGUCUCCUACCCCAAAUCAGGCACUCACUGGCUGGUGGAGAUCCUGAAGAACUUGUACCACUGCACCUCCGGUCAGGUGACCAUCACCCCUCCCCUGGAGUUCCAGGACCCCUCCAAAAUCUGCGAGCUGCGGAACCUUCCGGGCCCCAGGGUCAUCCCCACGCACCUGCCCCAGAACAUGGUGCCCCGGCAGGUCCGGAGCAAGGACUGCAAGGUGAUCUACGUGAUCAGGAAUCCUAAGGACACUGCCGUGUCCAUGUUUCACUACUACCAGCAGAACCCCCACCUCCCCACCGUGCACAAGUGGAGCACCUUUCUGGACCUGUUCCUCAAAGGAGAAGUGGUGUACGGCUCCUGGAUUGAUCAUCUCCUCAGCUGGGAGAGGGCAGAAACCAAUGAGAAUACACUCUUUGUGUACUACGAGUCACUGAAAAAGGAUCUGCCCAAGUACGUGCAAGAGAUCAGCUCCUUCCUGGGGCUGAGCGUGACCGAGGAGCAGGCGCGGGAGGUGGCCAAGAGGUCCUCCUUCCGGGAGAUGAAGGAGCGUGUGGAGAGGGAGAAGCAGAGGGAGAGGCCCGACCCCACCAACACCGUGUGUGCCCUGACAUCCGACAGGAAGCUCAUCUUCAGGAAAGGAGCCGUGGGGGACUGGAAGAACCACUUCACUGCGGAGCAGAACGCCACGUUUGAAGCACUACUGCAGGAUAAAAUCAACUCCAGCGAGCUGGCCAGCUGUGUGGAGUAUGAAUGCUAGCGCGUCGUGAAAUGACAGCAAAAAUAUGCUAUAUAAACUAACACCUCACAUAUAGUGUGUCGGCUUAGAUGUGAACACUUCAAGCUGUAAACACUGGGUUUCAUCAUCCAUCCAUCCAUCCAUUAUCUGAACCCGCUUAUCUUGAUCAGGGUCGCAGGGGGGCUGGAGCCUAUCCCAGCAUACAUUGGGCGAAAGGCAGGAAUACUCCCUGGACAGGUCGCCAGUCUAUCGCAGGGCACACACACCAUUCACUCACACAGUCAUACCUACGGGCAAUUUAGACUCUCCAAUCAGCCUAACGUGCAUGUCUUUGGACUGUGGGAGGAAACCGGAGUACCCGGAGGAAACCCACGCAGACACGGGGAGAACAUGCAAACUCCUCACAGAGAGGCCCUGGCCGACGGGGAUUCGAACCCAGGACCUCCUUGCUGUGAGGCGGCAGUGCUACCCACUGCACCAUCCGUGCCGCCUGGGUUUCAUCAAUCAGUGUAUAUUUAAGUGUGCAUGUAUACUUAACAGGUGUGUGCGCAAAGAUAUUUUGUUUCCUGAAAUGAUCUGCAGCGUUGUUUUUUUUUCAUCAUUAGAUGAAAUAUUGGCUCUGGAGCCGAGUGAAAAUGGCACUAGUGUAGUUCGCAUAUUGAACACGAGGUGGCAACAUUUGCACAUAGAGCACGUCUCUCUAAAUCCGACAAACUACCGCCACAAGCCUUGCUUCCUUCAAACAGCGCCAUCGCUGUUGCUAUGUCCAUAUUCCAUUUCUUAUUCCAUUACUGUACGCAAUUUACGUGAUUAUUUAUUUAUUAUUGUUUUUCCUUUGUUUUGCGUUCGAGUCUUUCAUUUCAAUAGCAAUAUUCAAUUGUGUUUUUAUCAGUACUGUAUUGUGCAUGCGAGUGAUUUAGUUAUGGGGUAGUCGGCUACAAUGUGCCUGCACCAUACGAUGACUGAAUAAAAAUGAUCUUAUAUUUUCA